UCACUGUGUCUUUCCUGCCAUAAGAUGGAUCCCAGCAUGAAGGGAAAUGCAGCUCCUGCUGAAGCAGAAAAUGCAAAAUCUUCGAAAUUCGCACCUGACCCUGAAAAAAAGAAGAGGAAGAGACGCAAAAAGAACAAGGCGGAAAUAGUCAGUACUGCCCCCGGAAACGAAACUGAAAUUGGUGGACCGUCUGCGAAGCCUUUUAAAAAUGCAGAUAAAGAAGAUGCAAAUGAAUGUUUUAAUUUAAACGACAAGGUUAUUACAGUGAAAGAAAGCGAAGAAUAUGAUAUCCGAGUCCGCGAAACAGGUAGCAAAAAGAAAAAGGACAGCAUGGUCUCUGAGGUGAAUUUGAAUCCUGAAGAUAUUAACAGUGACAAUCAGGAUAUGUUUAGUAGCCCAGAAAGAGUUGGUUCCAAGACCAACUUCGUGGAGGAAGGCAUUAAAGAUCCAUUUGCAAUGGAAAAUGAAGAGCAAGAAGCUGUGGAAGAUGGUCAACCACCAACAGGAGAUGAUGUUUUUAGUGGGGACAUCAGGCGAGACAGUGGUGAGGAAUACAAUGACGUGAAGGAAGAGACCAUAUCAGCAGGAGAAGACGAGAAACCGCCCCUAGUUUCAGAUGAAGAUGGUUCAAGUUCAACUCUAGAAGCUGUGACAGAUAAAGAGACAGCUGAAUCAGCAACAGUUACAACUACUGCUGAUGGGACAGCUGAUGGACCUGUUGUAGAUGGUUCUUAUCCUAGCUUACCCAUAGGAGAUGAUGUGGAGUCUGAUACUGGAGACAACCUAUGCGAUGUGCCAGUAGACAAUGAGGGGAGAAACGUAUUGUGUAUUUACAAGCUCAUUUAUGGGGUUGGUCUCGAAGCACUUCGGAGUUUGUUCAUGGACAUCAAUCCAACUUGGUCUAAUCAGCCCUCUGAUGCAGCAGCAUUUGAUAAAGGGAAGAUGAAACUUACUAAAGACGACGAGGUCAGUUUCAAAAAAGGAAAUAUCCAGGAAUGGGAUUUCUCACUGAUUACAAACAUACUCCUGUUUUCAAACACUUGUGCUCCGGAGGUAAAGCGCAGACCAGGCUAUGAUACUGCCCUGAAGGAAUUAAAGAAGUGUCGUAAUAAGGUGCUGGGUCAUCCCUCUACAGACAAGAUGUCCGAUGCAGACUUCAACCACUACUGGCCUCUUCUUUUAACCCACUUUAGUACAGUUGGUGCUGAUCCAGAUGCUAUCGCCGAGAUAAAGCUCCAGUCAGAUGAAGUUCUUAAUGCUGGAGGAUACUACAAGGAAUUAUUUAUGACCGAACGAGAGAAAUUUAAUCCUCUGGAAAAGAAGCUGGAUAAAUUAACAAGCAAGUUUGAAACCUUCAUUGCUGAUCAGUUCGGUAAUUCUACCGAAAAAUCUGCCCUUUGCCCAAACGAUCUGAGUGGCCGCAAGUGGGAUGAAUGGCUGAAGUUUUGCGACGCAGUAAGCGAUUUUGACACGCGGAAGAACCAGUACAUCCUUGUCACUGAUGUUCUUUCAUCAGAGAAUCUCGGCUACUUUUCCAUUCUGAGAAGUAUAUCCUGGAAGAUGGUGGUAGAUUUCGAUCCUAUGUCAGAAGAGAAAGGGUUGUAUCACUCCUUUACCUCACAAGAGGGUCAAGCUAGUCUUGUGAGCAUGAUUACCCCUGCGGAGGUCAAGGGAAGUACUAUCGUAAGCCUCUCACGUCAGAUUGAUCCUAGUAAAACGCAGUGGUUGUUCGUGAAAGGAAGAUCAAGUGACACAGACGGUAAGAAAGAGAAUUUUUCAGAGUGGGAAUCAACUUCAGUAAAAGAAAUUUCAAGAUUUUUUGUAUGUUGUUGUGAUCCAGACAAGUUCGACCGCCAGAAGCCAGUCGUGUGUCUUGUUCUACCAUUGUGUCAAGAAAGUACUCCUCAUUUGGAAGUGACUCUGGGUCGGCUCUUCGAGAAUUUUGAUGAUCAAUUCAGUUUACAGACAGUAUCCUUUAAGCAAGAGAAACGACUUUCAGCUUUCAAUAAGGUCAAAGUUCGCACAGUGGAGCUAUGUCCAAGGCUUGUCCAUCUUGGUUUGAAAAAAAUGCUCACUUCCUCGUCAGAAUCACGGUACUCAAUGCCUACCUCCCAGGCCAAGGUUUAUGUAGACCUCACAGAGAAAGAGCUGCUUUACUUGAGUGAACACCUUGAAAUCCUGUAUGAGGGCUGCGAAGGCUUACCAGAGGUCUCAGAUGACUCGUUAGAUGAAGAACAAGUAAGAAAAUUCCUAGAUGAGCACAGACAACUGUUCAUGUCGGGCAAUGAGAUAUCGUUUGCAAGUUUGUAUGACAACCAUGAUGCUAAGAGAGAGAUUGAAAAGGACAUUCAGAUCCAUGUCCAGCGCGUUUUAGAUAAUGGACUUAAACGUCCAAUGAUGGUGGUUAUAAAGCACUUACCAGGGACUGGUGGCACCACCAUCGCUCGCCGGGUGAUGUGGGAUCUGCACAAAGCGUACCCGUGUGCUUUCAUUGAUUUACGUUCUCGUAUGCAUUUCGAGGACGACAGUAGCUACGCCAAUAAGUUAGCUGAUCGGAUUGCAGCACUGGAGGAAAUCUGUCAAACAUCCCCCGUAAUUCUGGUGGAUGGAAAACAAUCAGGGUCAAUCGAAAGCAUAGCCAACAAAACUAUACGGAUGCUGGGUAAUAAAGGAAAACGGGCCCUUCUCUUGUGUUGCCAACACGGCUUUAAGACCUCAACUAAAGAACAUCAAGAACUUUCUUGGGUUCAUCAUGUGUUCUAUGUUGAUGCCAAGCUCGAAGACUCCAUGGCCGAUCUAAACGAGUUUGAUUCUAAAUACGCGCAACUAAUUGAGAAGUCCCUAGGUGCGAAGCCAGUUUCUGGUCCUUGCCGUGUAUUCCACUUUCCACUCUUGGCAAUGAUGCAGAAAUUUCGACCCAAACUCCAGAAGAUAGUUGACGACACUUGGAACGAGAUGGAAGAUCUUCAACAGCAAAUUGCUACUGUGGUAGCUUUCCUUCAGAAGUAUGCUAACCAACCAACGCCAGCGUUACUCCUCUAUGAUGCUUUCAAGGGCUACAUUCGUCUAGAGUGUAACAAAGCAGUCACGUACGACGAUAUCAAACGGCUUUUUUCGGAACAUUUAUUAAAUCUGAUGGUACCUUCAAACCCCUGGAAACGUCGAGGAAAAUUUUUUCACUCAAAGGAAAUGUCUCCUCAAAGUUACACGCUCCAGCAUCGUGUAGUGGCUGAGAUGUUGCUGAAGAAGUGUUUUCAAGAACAAGGCUGUGACCUGUUUCAAGUAGUGGGCCAGUUUCUGGAGUUUCCGAUUUAUAAGCGUGACAACCGCGAGUUCCUUACGCUUUUCCAAGAGCUCUUUGUCUACAACAAGGACCUCCAGAAAAAGCUUAAAUUUUCUGUUCUUUUUGAGGAGCUGAAAGGCAUAAGCUCGGAACGUGCCUCACGAGUGUUUUGUGAGGCAGCUGAGAAGACUGGCGAUUCAGUCAUUUUUGCCAAUGCCGCACGAUUUUUGGCAAAGAUGGAGCCUCCGUUAUUUUCAAAGGCGAUGGCGCUGAUCGAGCAGGCCUUUAAAGCAAAUACAUCUGGCUCCAAACAAAGAUUCAGAAGUAUUUGCCAUACGAAAGGGGUAGUACUAUACUGUCAGCUGCGAUACUUGAUCAGCACCGGUAGAGUCAGAGACCUCGCUAAACUUGAAGAAUCAGCUAGCAAAGUGUUAGAGGCGUACAAAGAAGCUCGUGACUUCCCCCCGACCUAUCCUAAUCCUUUGAUUGGUGAAGUUGAGGUCUGGCUGGCUUGUCUUGGAUGGAUUAUGAAGAACAUUUGCGGGCGUGACUCGGAGAAAACUCUGAAGUUUCUUGCUAACCAGUGCCCUCCGUUUUUUCGCGCCUGCGUUAGUGAAUCAUUUUAUCUUCUUGACAUUGUUGAUGGCAUUGUUCUAAGCGUACCCACCCUUCCAGAUCCAGAGGAUACUCAAAGAAGAUGUAACAACAACAGGCUAGCUCUUAUGAAGUCGUUUGGUACUGGCUUUUCUUCAACUGGACGUGGGAGAGAUGUAAAAGAUGUCGUUCAGGCUUGCAAGGCACUUUGUUGUUUCAAAAACUUUCCAAGGACCUCGGCACUAGAGUUGAAAAAGCUUCAGGCUCAUUUCAUUUUGAACUCCAGUGAUCAAAUAGAAUCUCUGAAGCAAGAAAAUCUCGAGUUUUUGCUCAAGCUCUUAGAGGAAAUUGUCCUUCAGGAACAUCAAUACCGCUUGGCCUAUCACCUGAUGAAAGUCUGUGUAUUGGUAUCAGGACCUCAAUGCUACAGUCUCGAACAAGGCCUCACUGUGUGCGAGAAGUGGCUGGAGGUUGCGAGUAAUGACUGUCUUCCUUACUUCUAUCAAAUGGUCAUUUAUUUCUUGAAGAUCCUUGAUGGCCAUGUAAUCGAAUUCAUGCCAAAGUAUUUGAAAGUCUUAAAGAUGUGCCGAGAUAAGUCACAAAACCACUGUCGUAGUAGCCAGGCAACGCUGUUUGUUGGCAAAGAAGGGAUUGGAAUGUCACGCCUUGUAACUCGAAGCACUUUGUUCCGUGGGGAAACAGACUACUCUACUGAUGUGUCGGAGACUGUCACAAGGUUCUGGCUUGUUGACAAUAGAAAGAAGUUGCUUGAAUGUAAAGGAAGGAUCCGCGUAGAGCCAUCUUCUGAUAGAGGAAAAAAGUAUCCCUACAUCGAGCUGCUACAAGGAAAUGUGGUACUCUACGUCGGAAAGAAUGCUGACAUUGGCAAAGUGGAAAGAGAUUUCAACAAAGGACAGCUGGUCUAUUUUGUUGUCAGUUUCAACCUUCAGGGUCCAGUUGCAAACGGGAUAACCUUCUCUCCUCAUACUCCUUCUCGUGAAAAGGACCAGUCCCAGAACAAAAUGGCGUGAACUUGCAACAAUGAACUUGCAACAAGCCAGUGUUACUGGGAGUUGGGAUGAUACAUUGAAAUUAGUUAACUGUCCAUUUUGGCAUUAGGUGAGACAUUCGCUCACAUUUUUUAUAUUGACUUCCAUCAAGAGAUUCUAAACUGCUUGCUUUUAUGUCUUCAUGAGCAAGAGGCAGCGAGAAACAGAUACGCGUAAUUUGUUUCUUCUUGUGGGUAAAAAAAAUGAGGUUUUCAUUUCCUAAACAAAAAGUCGAGGAAUUGUUACGGCUUCUUUAGGCUUCAUUAUUUAAACUUAACCGGAAAGAAAACUUGAAUUUGCAGAUUUGAACAUGCCACAAAGAACUGAUAUAUUUAAUCAUUUCUAAGAAUGCCUAGCGUUUCGUUAACAAAUUUGUGAACUAAGAGACUGGUCAUUAUUGCUUAGGGUUAGCUCGGGGGAUCGGCUUUGUUAUAUUCUUGUAAUCCCCCCAGCCCCCCACCUCAUUGACAGUUAAUAAACAAUCAGUUUUCUAUA